CCGGCAUCAAGGUACUCUUCUUGUCGGCCUGACAGUCGAGUGAUAUUCAGGCACGAUGGUUCUCUCCUUUAUUCUGAUACAGAACCGGCAGGGAAAGACGCGCCUGGCGAAGUGGUAUGCGCCAUACAGUGACGAAGAGAAAGUAAAGUUAAAAGGCGAGAUCCAUCGUCUCGUCGCCCCUCGCGAUCAAAAACACCAGUCCAACUUUGUCGAAUUCCGCGGCUCCUCAAAAAUCGUCUACCGUCGCUACGCCGGACUCUUCUUUUGCGCCUGUGUAGACGCAAACGACAAUGAACUAGCAUACCUAGAAGCAAUCCAUUUCUUCGUCGAAGUGCUGGAUCAAUUCUUUGGAAACGUGUGCGAGCUGGAUCUCGUGUUCAACUUCUACAAGGUUUACGCCAUCUUGGACGAAGUAUUCUUGGCUGGAGAGAUCGAAGAAACGAGUAAACAGGUCGUGUUGACGAGAUUGGAGCAUUUGGACAAACUUGAGUGAUUGUGGGCAUAAGACGACGCGUUUCGAUACCAUUGGGAAACACUGGAGUUUUGGGAGUUUUUCUUCUUCUGAAGAUGGUCAUGAUAUAUUUCGGAGGCUGUCUUUUGCAGAGACGCUAGAUGUGCCGCAUUGGCAGUCUGUCAUCGCUAUGACCUCGGUUGCCUCCAAAGCCUCUUGCCAGUAAAAGUGAGUGGCUGUGUGUAAAAGUAAAAUCAAGAAAGCAGGAGCUCGUCUUUGCUAAGAAGAUACCGCGAUCCUCCAUUCUCGCGGCGGUUUGCGCCUUUCCUUCGUUAAUUCGUCAUUUCGCUCCUGAGAGCUUCGUACUUCGUAAGUCGUAAAUGGCCGCGGCAACAUCUGCCCAGCCUUCUGCCAGCAAGAUAGUGACAUCUUCUGUCUGAUCAAGAUAGUGUAAGGGUGCACUAGGCGACCCCUCAAUCGAUCACGAUUACUUCC